CCCUCAGGUUUCAUUUCCAUCUUUUUGCUGAAACCUUACAUCUCCAAGAAGGUGGUGCUAGACCACACUUGUUUUUCCAUAAUUAGAGGAUUAAAUCUUCCAGAUGUUCUUUGAAGCCACUGAGAGAGCAAGGCUAUUACCAGAGUCACCUGGUGCAUUAGGGACUCUUAGGAGCUUGUUUAUUCUCUGGGUGAUGAGAGGUAUUCCUUGUCCUCCUUUCUCUCAGGCUAGCUCAGAUUAUGCUGAUGGCAUUAGUGAAGAACGAUUCCAAGUCUGAUGUCACUCUACAGCAAAAACUUGGAGGUUUGUUGAGACACUGGGACUUUGCAGAGUAACCCAGGAAUGAAACUGCAUUUUGUGCGGCAAAAUGUGCUGAGAGUGAUGUUUACAGGGGGAACUGAGGCUUGUGCUUGAGAGAGCUGAAAGAAGGAGCUCCAAGCAAAGCUCUACACACACAUGCAUGUGUGGAGUUACCUGAAGCUCAGGGGAGUUGCUUUAUAAGCACUUUUCUUUAAUCCCUGUUGUCUCUAUGACACUCUGCUCUUCCUUUUGUAGUUCUUCCAGCAGCAAGUUGACAGGAUUGUAAAUUUGGGCUAUGUGUAAAACCUCUAUACCUGUGAGCUUGCAAAUAGGACUUGUCCUGCAGAUAUUCCCAAAAGGGGAAAAACCCUUGGGGAUACUUUGCAUCUCCAGCAGUGAAGAGUGAAAGUGGAAAUGGACAGCAGAUACUGAGCUGUAAUUAUUGGGAAGCAGGAGUCUUUCCUAGGCUAGUGGGAACGUUCAGAGUGUGACCUGAGUAAUCUGAAAGAGUUAAAGGGUUUCACUGAAUGCCUUGAGCAACUUUGUGACUCUUUCACAGAUGCUUCCAAAAGGACACAACAUAGAUAACGGGAACUGCGGGGUGCGCCACCUUGAAAUUUCAUCUGCCUAAGUAGCUGCUAGUCCAAUUCCAUUAAUGUUUGCAUAUUUAAUAAACUUCUAAUGUGGGAUUUUAAUGAGUUGGCAGUUAUCUCUGAACACCCAGCAGCAGCAGCAGUCUCAGAGUUUAGGUGGCUCUCAAAUGGAGAUUUCUCUCACUUAGAAGGCAUGUGGCCUUUCCUUGGGCAGUCAGCACUUGGCAGGCUCUGGAAUACUUUGAUUUGGUUUGUAUUGAUGUACAUCAACAGUGAUUUUUUAAUUUGGAUGGAGCCCUAGGGUUAAGUUUUUUGGGGAGGCAUCUUUUUAGAAAGCUAGAUAUAAGAAAAGUGACCUUGGUUAAUCUUGUAACACACCAUUUAUCUGCUUGGGAUGUUUCUUGCUAGUGAUCUAAUUAUUCUGGCAGCGAAAUGGGACUGCCAGGGAAAUUACUUCUAAUGUGGCAUUUGCUCAUUUACGCUCCCAGUGCUUUUGCUUUGCCUUUUCAGCCUAAUUUUGCAAACAUAUGUCCCACUCCUCAUAGUCCCAAGCAGGGUAAGAAGUUCCCUGGUUGUGCUGCACAGUUGAACCCAAGUGUCUCUGGUGAGGAGAAGGAAGAACACCAGUUUGGGAGGAACAGCAAAGAGAGUUAAGGACAAAAACUGAUGGACCAUUACAUCUUCCGAAAUGAGCCUUUUCACACUAGACUACUGGAAAAUAACAUGUCCUGAAGAGAGAAGAAUUCAGUGCUGGACUGUCUUAAACACUACCCAUGGUGCAGCUUCCGAGGACAGCUUGAUUUCUGUGACUUGAAGAGGAGGCACAUGUGCAGAGAGCCAAGAGGACAUGGGCUUCCAGUGCAUCUGGAACAAUGAUCAGGUACUGGACCCACGAGUCACAUGUGAGUUGUGUCCUACAAAUGCUCUGAGCACCCCCUCGGGCCGUCUCCUUGAUGCACACUCACGGCAUCAUGGCCAGCACUCAGGAGCGCCUGAGCCUGUCUUCCUCUCCCAACUCCAUCGGCAAAGCGUUCUGUGAGGACAAAGACUUGGGGAGGUUCCCCGAGGAGCACCCCGCUGCCGGCAGCCGCCCGUCCCCGGAGCUGCUGGAGGACGUGCGGGAGCGGGGCUCGCUGCCGGCCGAGCUGCUGGAGGGCGUGAGCAGCCCGGGCACGGCGGCCGUGCUGACCAGCAUCAGCGAGGAUGCCCGUGACCACUUUGAGAACAGCGUGCUGCAGCUGCGAGAGCAGGACGAGCCCGAGCCGGGGCUGCCGCAGGGCACCCGCAGCCCGGGCGACGGCGACACCAACGGGGCCGCCGACGAUGUCAAGGUCCAGUUCAACCGCACGGGCAGCGGCAGCGGCGGCUUCCUCGAGGGGCUCUUCGGGUGCCUGCGGCCCGUGUGGAACAUCAUCGGCAAGGCUUACUCCACGGACUACAAACUGCAGCAGCAAGACACGUGGGAGGUGCCGUUCGAGGAGAUCUCGGAGCUGCAGUGGCUGGGCAGUGGGGCACAGGGAGCUGUGUUCCUGGGCAAAUUCCGGGCUGAGGAGGUGGCCAUCAAGAAAGUGAGGGAUCAGAACGAGACAGACAUCAAGCACCUGCGGAAGCUCAAGCAUCCCAACAUUAUCGCCUUCAAGGGAGUUUGCACCCAGGCCCCGUGCUACUGCAUCAUCAUGGAGUACUGUGCCCACGGGCAGCUCUACGAGGUGCUGCGGGCUGGCAGGAAGGUCACCCCACGGCUGCUGGUGGACUGGUCCACGGGGAUUGCCAGUGGCAUGAACUACCUGCACCUCCACAAAAUCAUCCAUCGAGACCUCAAGUCACCAAAUGUUUUGGUUACACACACAGAUGCAGUGAAGAUUUCAGAUUUUGGUACAUCUAAAGAGCUCAGUGAUAAAAGUACCAAAAUGUCCUUUGCGGGGACGGUGGCGUGGAUGGCCCCGGAGGUGAUACGGAACGAGCCCGUCUCUGAGAAGGUGGACAUCUGGUCCUUUGGGGUGGUUUUGUGGGAGCUGCUCACGGGAGAGAUUCCCUACAAGGACGUGGACUCUUCGGCCAUCAUCUGGGGAGUGGGCAGCAACAGCCUCCACCUUCCUGUCCCUUCCACCUGCCCAGAUGGCUUCAAAAUCCUCAUGAAGCAAACCUGGCAGAGCAAGCCCCGGAACCGUCCGUCCUUCCGGCAGACACUGAUGCACCUGGACAUCGCCUCUGCUGAUGUGCUGGCUACUCCUCAGGAAACCUACUUCAAAUCCCAGGCUGAAUGGAGAGAAGAAGUGAAGAAACAUUUUGAGAAAAUUAAAAGUGAAGGAACUUGUAUCCACCGGCUGGAUGAAGAAUUGAUUCGCCGUCGGAGAGAAGAGCUGAGACAUGCAUUAGAUAUCCGUGAACACUACGAGAGGAAGCUGGAGCGAGCCAAUAACCUGUACAUGGAGCUCAGUGCUAUCAUGCUGCAGCUGGAGGUGCGGGAGAAGGAGCUCAUCAAGAGGGAACAAGCAGUGGAAAAGAAAUACCCUGGGACUUACAAACGCCACCCAGUCAGACCAAUAAUCCACCCCAACACAGUGGAGAAGCUGAUGAAGAGGAAAGGGGUCUCCCAUAAACCAGGCAGCCAGACCAAACGGCCAGAUCUGCUGAAGUCAGAGGGCAUACCCAGCACAGAAGCAGCAUCCAAUGGCUCCCCAGUCUCAGGAAGUCCCAAGAUGUCAACCCUGAGUGGCAAAAGCCGGUACCGCAGCAAGCCCCGGCACCGCCGGGGGAACAGCAAAGGCAGCUACAAUGAAUUUGCAGGGAUCUUGAAAAACCAGCCGGCGCAAGACGAUGCCCCCCAGCCCGGCCCUCCGCAGCCUCCGCACGGCCCCGGGGCGCCGCAGCAGGGGCAGCACUCGCGGCUGCACGCCCACGGCCAGGACAUCGCCACCUGCGCCAACAACCUGCGCUACUUCGGGCCCGCGGCCGCGCUGCGCAGCCCCCUCAGCCACCACGCCCAGCGCCGCAUGUCCGGCUCCAGCCCCGACCUCAUCUCCACCGCCAUGGAGGCCGACUGCCGCCGCGGCCUGGACGGCAAGGACAGCCCGGCCGAGCGCUGGGAGUGCUGCCCGGCGGAUCCCUACGACCCCUGCCUGCAGUGCAGGGACGAGGACAGCGGGCAGGCACAGCUGGCACAGUCUGCUGAGCCGGGGGGGAGCCGCCCCCAGUCCCCCGCCUCCCUCUACGACACGGCGCAGUUCAUGGAGAAGCUGGAGGAGCAGGGCACGGCCGCCUCCGCCCUGGGCACUCCCCAGCACUUGGCUUCCUCAGGGCUGCCCUGCAAAGCGAGAUCCCUCCAAAAGAGCGGGGAUGAGUCGUCAGAGGAGGAGGAGGGCGAAGUUGACAGUGAAGUGGAGUUUCCUCGUAGACAAAGACCCCACCGCUGCAUCAGUAGCUGCCAGUCCUACUCGACCUUCAGCUCUGAGAACUUCUCUGUGUCGGAUGGAGAGGAGGGGAACACAAGCGACCACUCGAACAGCCCGGAUGAGCUGGCUGCCAAGCUGGAGGAUGAGCUGGCUGAGAAGCUGGAGGACAUGUUGUCCCAGACUCCAGAGAUCCCCAUUGAAAUCUCCACGCAGUCGGAUGGGCUUUCGGACAAAGAGUGUGCUGUGCGGAGGGUCAAGACUCAGAUGUCUCUGGGCAAACUUUGUGCAGAUGAACACAGCUGUGAGAACCCACCACAGUUUGGAGAAUCAGACUGUGACUCUUCUGAAGGGGAGUGUUCUGAUGCCACGGUCAGGACCAAUAAGCCCUGCAGCUCUGCUACUUGGUAAUACAGAUCUCCCCCAAAGCUUCCUGGUACUGGCAUUUUGAUUUCCCUGAGAUUCCACUUCAUUCCCCUUCAUCACACUUUACAGGAAGAGAAGAUGCUUCUCCUUCCCACCCCAGGAGUGAUUUGCAAUAACCCGAAUCUCUGGAAAAUGUCCAAAUGAAAUUAAUUCUCUUUGAGCAUUUCAAUCAAGAAUGGCAGGGAUGUAUUUUAUUGAAUAAUCUAGUUACUGUAACAUGGAUAUUUAUUUUUUUGACAUUUUAACACUUUUUACUGUAAAGAGUGGAUUGUAUUUAUAGACACACAGACUCGUUGCAAAAAAAAAAAAAAAAAACGUUCAGAAAGCAAGCACACUAUGGAGAAACAUCCUGGGAGUCCUGCCUGGACAGCUUUGUGUACAGACGCAGGGGAUUCUCUUGCUGCUUGCACAGGGGACCAGGCCUCGUGGCCCUGAAGAUUGGAGAACAGAACAAGAAAACUAAACCACUCAGUCUUAUCAAAAGAGGAAAAGCAGAAAAAGACCUGACUGUAGGGUCACCUGUGAACAAAGUGUUUUCAGUAUAACCAGCUGGGUCAUUUUUAAUCAGAAGGUGGACAUGUUCCUGGAGAAAACUGGUACUGAGGUGCUAACAUCCAGGGUCUUCUGAGUUGAUACAUCCCCAGGAAUGUAAUGAUGGGUUUUAUUUUAAGGAUUUUUAGUUUCUUUUUUUAAUCAGCAUUUUGUUGUGAGAUCCUGCAAAUGUAUUCUAACCUCGUCCUCUUGAGAAUUGGUAUCAGAGCACUUCUUACCACCGUCCUUGCUUCACUCUGGGAGUGUCAAUCUCCAGCUGAGCAGGGAAAACCUCCCUCAGAUGCAGUGUGCCAUUUCCCAGUUUUCUUCCUCCUCUUACCUCCUGUCUGUUUCAGUCAGUCAAAGAAAUCAAUCAACUCAGUGUUGGCCAAGCAAGGACUUGCAAAGUGUGGAAAGCACAUUCCGCAGAGCCCGAGCACUUCUGGGGAGGACACUGGAGACGCCUGGACUGGACUGGGAGAAGCAGCCUCUCACCUACAGCAGCAUAGAGAACCAGCAGAGGGCUGUGUGUUGAGGGGGAAGACUGGGAAUCACUGGCCUGGCCAAGAGCAUCAACCCUGCUCUGUCUCCUUAUUUACUGUACAUUCUUGGGAGCAUUAGCAGCUGCCUGCCCUUCGUGGCAGGCAUUGUGCAGGAAAUCUUGACGUGGCUGUGUCUCAGGUGUACCUGAGGCCUCUGUUUCUCCUCCAAGCUGAAACUCUGCAGGUGCAAGUGAGGAUAGUACUGGUAUAUGACAGGCCGAGGCAUUGGCAGAUGAGAAAAAUUUGUUUUCUGAUAGAACUCAUAGUGCCUUCCCUUCAAACACUACUCUUCUAAAACGAUAUUGAAAGAGAACAAAAUGAUAGAGCACGUUCCUUCCCUUUCCUUAGUUGAUGACCCCCUGCAAGAGCUCUCCCUCUGCCCUUCCCAGUGUGCUGGCUGGCAUGGCCAGCCAGAGGUGAACGGCAGGAAUGGACCAUGGACAGGUACUUCUGUUGCUUUGUUUGUUUACAUUUUAUGUUAAAAUAUUGGUUUGAACUUAACUGUGGUAAUUUAUAGCCUCAUGGCAAAGUGAAGGAAAAUGUCUUACUUAUACAGAGAGCAGUAUUGUAUGAGUUAAAUUAUCCCAUAUUUUUAAAUUUUUGUAGCUGGACUACAGACAAAUCUUAA